AUGGUCCCCGUGCUCCCCGUGGUCCCCGUUCUCCCCACUCUCCCCGUGAUCCCCGUGGUCCCCGUUCUCCCCACUCUCCCCGUGCUCCCCGUGGUCCCCGUUCUCCCCACUCUCCCUGUGAUCCCCGUGGUCCCCGUUCUCCCCACUCUCCCCGUGCUCGCCGUGGUCCUCGUUCUCCCCACUCUCCCCGUGCUCGCCGUGGUCCUCGUUCUCCCCACUCUCCCCGUGCUCCCCGUGGUCCUCGUUCUCCCCACUCUCCCCGUGCUCGCCGUGGUCCUCGUUCUCCCCACUCUCCCCGUGCUCGCCGUGGUCCUCGUUCUCCCCACUCUCCCCGUGCUCCCCGUGGUCCUCGUUCUCGCCACUCUCCCCGUGCUCCCCGUGGUCCUCGUUCUCCCCACUCUCCCCGUGCUCCCCGUGGUCCUCGUUCUCCCCACUCUCCCCGUGCUCCCCGUGGUCCUCGUUCUCCCCACUCUCCCCGUGCUCCCCGUGGUCCUCGUUCUCCCCACUCUCCCCGUGCUCCCCGUGGUCCUCGUUCUCCCCACUCUCCCCGUGCUCGCCGUGGUCCUCGUUCUCCCCACUCUCCCCGUGCUCCCCGUGGUCCUCGUUCUCCCCACUCUCCCCGUGCUCCCCGUGGUCCUCGUUCUCCCCACUCUCCCCGUGCUCCCCGUGGUCCCCUCCUCCCCACUCUCCCCAUGCUCGCCGUGGUCCUCGUUCUCCCCACUCUCCCCAUGCUCGCCGUGGUCCCCGUUCUCCCCACUCUCCCCAUGCUCGCCGUGGUCCUCGUUCUCCCCACUCUCCCCGUGCUCGCCGUGGUCCUCGUUCUCCCCACUCUCCCCGUGCUCGCCGUGGUCCCCUCCUCCCCACUCUCCCCGUGCUCGCCGUGGUCCUCGUUCUCCCCACUCUCCCCGUGCUCGCCGUGGUCCCCUCCUCCCCACUCUCCCCGUGCUCGCCGUGGUCCUCGUUCUCCCCACUCUCCCCGUGCUCGCCGUGGUCCCCUCCUCCCCACUCUCCCCGUGCUCGCCGUGGUCCUCGUUCUCCCCACUCUCCCCGUGCUCCCCGUGGUCCCCUCCUCCCCACUCUCCCCAUGCUCGCCGUGGUCCUCGUUCUCCCCACUCUCCCCAUGCUCGCCGUGGUCCCCGUUCUCCCCACUCUCCCCGUGCUCGCCGUGGUCCUCGUUCUCCCCACUCUCCCCGUGCUCGCCGUGGUCCCCUCCUCCCCACUCUCCCCGUGCUCGCCGUGGUCCUCGUUCUCCCCACUCUCCCCGUGCUCGCCGUGGUCCCCUCCUCCCCACUCUCCCCGUGCUCGCCAUGCCCUGGGUGCCACAUUAGCGCAGGGCCGCUCUCGAUCUGCUGGUGGUUCUGCGCUCUGCCCUACAGCCUCCUCAUCUUCGUCUACGAUGAAGUCCGCAAGUACAUUCUGCGGACUUGUCCUGGAGGUUGGGUGGAGCAGGAGUCGUACUAUUGA